ACGCAUAUUUAUAACUCAUUGGUAGGAUCCUUAUCGAACACAGGACGAGCUUUUAGCUUUGAAUACCGCAUCGCAGCAAUAUUUUUUAUAUCACAGAUCUUAAUUUACUUGAUACGGCCAGGCCGUUUUUAAGAAGUAAAAAAAAAAAUCUUAAUUUAGGCAGAUUUCAGUAUUUCUCAUGAACUAUGUUUUAUCCCAUCCUCGGUAUCGUGUUCUUUAUAUACAACAUAUGAUAUUUUCGUUUCUCUCAAGAUUUCAACCGUAAACAUGGAGACCUACAGAACGCUUCCCAUUGUAAUCAAUUACUCUUCAGCGAUCUUGAAAGAUGAAAGAUCUCCGAGAUGCGUUGUUAGGGAAAAGGGAAAGUGUUUAGCAAACAGCUCGACAGUAAUUAAAACUGAGUAACGGUUUCCCGCGUAAUAAAGCGGAUCUGAUCUUAAUCUUUCGUUUCAGUCCUAUCGCCUCUUUGUCUGAAGCGUCCACUGAAGGGUACAUCGAGUUCGCGAACGAACGAUUCGCUCAAUAGUUGUAUUAUUAUUUUCUUUCAUUUCUUCAUCAUCCCAAGACAAUCCAGUCGCACCCAUUUUUUGCAUUCGAAUGCAUUAACUUCUUUGUUUGACGGAUAUUCGCAACGAAUGGAUUUCUUUGCCGGAGAAUCACCCUCCAGUCCAACAGCAGAACAGCAACAGAACUGACUGUUCUCCCAACCAUGCUUCGCACCAUGUAGCUUCCUUUACUAUGCGUCACGAUCAUCCCUCUCAUAUGUUUAAUAGAACUGCAUCCGGCAGAAUGAACAACCGUGCCCUCGCGACAUACGAUCGCGGCUAGCAUAUUUUUUGACUUCUGUUUCAUUCCAAGACAUAAACAAAACUCAACUGCCGCUUAAUAGCGCGCUGCGUACACCACUAACACGAUCAUCAUCGACACACCGGAACGUACGUUUUUGUCGGUAGGAUUUGGAAACUCCUCCUCACUGGAAGCCGCCCGCUGGCUGUAGAAGAUAUAAAUAAAUGUGUGACAAAUGUAUGUUUAUGGUUAAUUGAAGCAUGCCACUCUGAGGCUCACGGUCUCAGAAGCAGAGAACAUAACGACCGUGAGCAGCUAUCUCGCAUUUCUUCGUCCUUCUUCUGUCUGCUCUCAUGUUCUUGCCGCGAAACGAAGAAGAUCAGCGCGCCCGACAGAUCGAAGCUUCUUAACAUCGCGCUCUUUAUGACGCUUCUUGUGCUUUAUGGUGUACGACUGAACGCCUUGGGUAAACAGUGCCUUUGCUUGUUGCUUAGUUUCAAUUCAAAUGUGCUUGCGUGCGGUUCAAUCACACGAUCCUUGUUUACUGGUAGGGAUCACAUCGUAUCAAAUCGCGUUUAAUAAGUGGUAGAAAUCAUGGAUGACGAUUACACGUCCGUUGAAGAUUAUCUUAGCAAUGAAGUGUACUUAACGCAUACAAACGAUUACGAAGAUCACCUGAGCAACAAAUCAUAUUCGGAAGUAAUCGGUCAAGAUCCUGUCGAGCUGAUAUUUCUAUACGUCUUCAAUACAGUGAUCGUAGCGUCGGGAAUUGUUCUUAAUCUCGUGCUCAUAAAAGGAAUUGUCGGCGCCAAAUCUAGUGGGGCGCUCUUGUUUGUACUGCAGAUAGCACUUGUCGAUGUGUUGACUCUACUCGUAAGCAACUGGGAAAUGUACUACAAACUUCGACGGACGUGGAUUUUUUCGACCGAACAUUGCACACUAUAUAGUGGCCUCGAAUCGUUCACCAGUGUUGCGAUCGUUUACUUUAUCGUUGGACUUAAUUUCCACUCGAUCUCUUCGUAUAAUCUGGCAGUGGACUUGGCGAAAAAUGCACUGACCACCCAGGACGCCGAAAGUGCGACCGAAUCCCUGACGGAGGAAAACAGUUACGAGGUGGCUACUGACACAAUCUCCCAGAAACGAUCCUUAACGAUCGACUAUCGGUACAAGAAACGGCGUAUCUGUGUACGGUUUCCGAUUCUUCUCGUGUGGUUCAUAGCAGCAUCCGAAUCAUUACCACUGUUUCUGUUUGCCGAUAUCACUGCGAUCACACCGACGAGUGGUGCCGGACAGCAGCCCAAGCAGUACUGCACGGAACUGACAAGCAGUAUGGUUAAUCACAACAUCGUUAGCUUCAUGGUCAUCGUCAUUCGCAUCAUCUUACCGACCGUUGCAUUAGUGAUAACACUUAUUCAAGCGGUGAUCAAGUUUUACAGAGGCAAACAUUUCACUCAACCAGACGAGAUUGAGGAAAAUGUGGCAUUUUCGCUUAAAGUAUCUAUCUUUCUUUCUCUUUCCUAUGCCAUAUUUUCUAUUCAACGAUUGUUCGGAUCUGUACUGCAGGAAAUGUUGUUGCAGCCUAAUAUCGUUCCUAAGUAUCCGGUUUUUAGUCCAUUCGUUGGGAUUUCGCUAACAGUUCUUCACUAUUCGGCUUCGUUCAUUCGACCGUUAGUGAUAAUAGUAAUGUGUAAGCAAAAGAACAAUAAUGUCGAUAUCAUUUUUACUUGCCAUACAAGAUCAGGGCAGGAUGGAACGGAUUAAAAGUGGAAUGGGCUUUUCUACACUUUCAGAUACAGGUAGAUUUCCCGAAGACAAUUAAGAUAGCCAUUUGCUAAGUAUAACAGGCUUAGAGGACUUAGAUUUAACUAUAUGGUUUACGAGUUUAAAUGAUAAACUUGAAGCCAUUUGUGGAUUGAUUUCAAGUUGAAUUGGAAUGUGUUGAUCGACAACUGAACAGGCAAAGUAUUGAUAUCGAAUGACGCCUUAUGCUUGUGUAAUUCAUUUCUUUAAUCAUGCAGUCUACAGUAUCUAGUCAAAUAGACGUUUAACAAGAAAGACAAAUGUAAUAACAAUAAAAAAAAUAUAAACAUAUUGAGAAACAAUCGUCGAAUUCUUAAAUUAGCGAUUUGGAUUAUUUAAUAAAAAUAUCCGAAUGUAACGUAGAGUGCAAAAUGUUUUGAUUUGUUGAGAGUAUUAUUAUUAUGGUUGAGAGCAACCAUGUCAAAAGAUUAAAACCGUUAAUGCUUUUAGAUUAAAAAAGGUAAAGGAAAAAAUCAAAAUAAAACGAAAGUUAGUAACGAAACGUAUUUCCAUUAGAACAUGCAUUACACUACAAAUCAUUAUCAAAAUUAUGUUAUCUAUCUUUCUAGUAUUCAUCCGCAGAUAUUUUCAAGAGCUAAGACACAAAUCAGUCCAACGAAUCAAUUUUUAAAUUUAUUGCAACAAGCAUACGCGUAACUCGAAUUUUCGCGUAGAUCGAAUAAUGUUUAACUCUUCGUUUAUA